UCUGCUCUCAUUGGUCGAAAUCUGAAAGCAUAAAAUAACACUAUUGGAGGAUUUGAAGAGAAGCGUUCUAAUUGGAGGAUCGGAGUCUCAAUGGCAUGAGGUUGGGCAGAGAUUAUGAAGAACAGUCAUUAUUAUCUAAAUUUCAGAAAGAGGAAGAGGAAAACAUAAAUGAUGCUAAAGAAGAAUCUAGUUUUGAUGAAACAGACGAGGAAAAAGAAAUAGCCUCCAUCUUUGAUAAAAUUGAUAAGGAAACUGAAACAGCAAAUUUUACUAAAUCUGAAAAAUAUGAUGACAGCGGAAAUUCGGAAGAAGCAUUUAAUAAAAUAAAGACUAUUGCCAACAGCGAUAAAAAAGAAGAUAUUUUAAAAAGUGAAGGAAUAGAUUUGCUGUUUGGUGUUCUAACAAAAUUUAGUAAUUUGGAAAAUAAAAGUGAAAAUACAAAACGAAUAAGACGAAGCUCUGUACCCUACAAGAUUAACGAUGGGCUGGAAUGUUCAAGACUAAAAAGACCUAAAUCUACUCAUGACUAUACUAAGUUUUUAAAUCGAAAUCAAUCUAAAAUAUCUUUGCCAGAGAACAAUGAACAUAUCGACUUGUUUAGAGAGAAAGAUCAAGGUCAGAUUCAUGCAAAGAAAUUACAGAAACUUCGACAGGAGGAAGACCAAUAUCAGCCUGGGGAGAAUCUGAAACAAGAAGAUCUGGAAAAACAGCUUUUACAAGAACAGCAGAUUCAGCAGGAACAGCAUCUUCAAGUUGAACAGCAGCAGCUACAACAAAAACUGCAGCUUCAACAUGACCAGCAGCUUCAACACGAACAGCAGCAUGAACAUCAAUUGCAGCCCUCAAGAACAGGACUAGUUCCAAUACAGCCACGACCCCAUUUUCUUAUUCGACACCCAACUUUUCCAUUACACAAUAAUCAGGAUAUGAUGGGAGAACUUCUACAUUCUUCUUCAUCUAUUCUCAGUACUACCUGGACUCAAGGAAAAACAAUUAUUCUAAAUCUUAAAAAACACAGCAACCCAUCUGCUUUAUUUUUUGGUUUACAAGCUCCCAAAUCUGGUGGGCGGAGAAGCCGGAAGCCUGGUGUAGACCGGAAACCCCGUCAAGCGUAUAGUGCCAAACAACUAGAUAUGCUUGAAGCAGAGUUCAAGACGGACAAAUAUCUGUCUGUAUCUAAGAGAAUGGAAUUAUCCCGGAGUUUAAACCUGACUGAGGUUCAGAUUAAAACCUGGUUUCAAAACAGGAGAACUAAAUGGAAGAAACAGAUGACCGCUAGGUUGAAGUUGGUUCAGAGACAGGGUUUCUUAUCCGGGCUUGGGCCUCCUGGUCACAUUGGACAACUUGGACAACUUGGACAACUUGGACAGUUUGGACAACUCGGACAACUCGGACAGUUUGGACAAUCGUAUCUUAGUAUUGGAUUGUCAACACCUCAGCUAACCUAUAUUCCUGGAUAUCUUCCUUCAUAAAUUUAGUUUUGAAAUAAAGGGAGUGUUAACAUAA